GACUAAACGACCGACUAAAGACAACCCAGAAGCGCCACGAACGCCACGUCCGCUGUUCGACCAAGCAUAAGCCCAACGGUGCGAGGCGCCGCUGGUUCCGCGAUUGCGUCGAAUGCAAGGCUUGCGUGCACUAGCGUACUUGGUGGUCCCAUGACACAUACUACUACUAGUAGGUCGCGCGACAGUGCUGAACGCCGAAGCAUCUCAGCACAAUUUGAUGGAGUCACUUUGGUCAGCUGCCAUCAUCUCCUUGACGCACAUCAUCUCCGGAAUGGUGCUUGGUUGGAACCAAGCACCAGCACCAGCGUCAUGCCUGGCCAAGGCCAACCGGCGGUUGAAGACGGGCGUUCUACUAACUACAGUGCGAACGACUCCUAUUGCGUGCGGAUAUCGAGUUCGCUGCACGACGGCGCGCCACGUACUUGCUGCCUCGCGAUGUCUCCACGUGGUUCGAGAAGCCGCUUCUGCGAGACGCCGGUCUUGCAUAAUACGACAAAAUAUCCAAGAGCGCCAGACCCAGAGCUGGACCCAGAGUGUGUGUUUUUAACGGCGACGCUGGGACAAGCCAACAUAUUUAGUCGAACCCCGUUUAGUCGAAACCCGCUUUAGUCAUAAUUUUGGACUUGCCAGCGACAUGGACGCGAUCUUGGCCCUCGUCCAGCAUGACAUUGGCGGCCGGGGCAUGGUCCACCUCCUAGAUGGUCCACGGGACCGCGCCGCCUUUGCCAACGCCGUUGAGGUCCUCGCCCGCCUUCCGCCGGCCUCGCACGUCGCGAUCCUCACGGGCUUUCCGUGCCUCCUCGACUACGACCCGCCCACCGAGACGGACGGCCUUGGCGGGACGUUGGCUCUCGCCCAUGCGCUGUACGUGCUAAACCGGCACGUGGUGCACAUCCUCACGGACGACGUCAAUGCGCCAGUCCUCCGAGCGUGCAUGGCGGCCGUGCCCGAGCUUGACAUCCAAUUACACGCCUUUCCGCCAGGCCAUCUCUGGACGGCCGAGACGCGAGCAGCGCUGGCGGCGCUCUACCCCAGUAUUGCAGCCUUCGUCGCCAUCGAGCGCGCGGGGGCCGCCGACGAUGGCCACUACUACACGAUGCGCGCCCGCGACAUGACGGCGAUUGUUGCUCCCUUGGACGAGUGCUUUGCGCACGCGCGAGCGCAUGGCGUACCGACGAUCGCGAUCGGCGACGGCGGCAACGAGCUUGGCAUGGGCAACGUCGCAGCGACGACCAAAGCCAAGGUGCGCAACGGCGCCACGAUCGCGACCAAGCAAGACUGCGACCACUUGCUUGUCGCGUGCAUCUCCGACUGGGGCGCGUACGCUCUCUGCGCGGGUCUUGCCGCCUAUGAGGGCGACGUGGGGGUCUUGGUCCCGACACACGCCGUCGUUGCAGUGGCCAACGCCAUGAUGGCUGCUGGCGCACGGGACGGCAUCCUCGCCUGCCAAGACACGUUUGUCGAUGGACUGCCGCUCGUCGAGACGCUCAAUUUGCUGCAUGCGCUCCGACAUGUGGCUGCAGGGUCAAGCCACGUCACGCGGCUUGUCGGCAAGGUCGGCGAGACCGAAUGGCCCAUGCUUGGACGUCGCACGACUACAGCGGUGCCCAUCCCAGCGUCGCAGCCGUACCUCCGCAUCUGUCGCCCGGCGGACCUCGCAAAUCUCCCCGAAGAUGCCAACGCGCAUCACGUCCUCGAAAUUACGGUGCACGAGAUCGCAGCGCUUGGCACGAUGCUAGAUCCAGCACCGUGCUUGGUCAACCUGCAAGUGGGCGAGGCCAUGUCUGCCACGGAGCUCUUGGCCGCGCUUGCGCGCUUGCAAGCAGCGAGCUCGGCCUUUCUGGGGCUGGUCGACGUCUCGCUAGAUGUACUUGCGCAAGCCUUGCGCCUUGAUGCGGCGUUGAUGGCGAGCGUUCGAUUUGUGACGCAGUGGGACCGCGCCGUGCUGCUGCAAGUGGCGCCGCUGUGCCAGCAGCACAACGUGGCGCUGAUGCUGGCCCACGCGUCGCCAAGCGCGCUGCCUUUGCUCCGCGACGACCGUUCGCUCUACUGCGUCGCUGCCCACCUCGUUUAAGCGCUAAUGCACGGACCGUAUCUUGCCGAUUGGCUCGUUUCGGUGUAUCACUGUCACGGAUUGCUGUGCGUUCAUUGGCUGCGAUCCACGACAGGACGCGUGCGAUUGGGCGGAAUCCUGUCUUCGU